CCACUAAAACUUGUAGUGGCUUAGCUAUAUCAAUUCUAUAUCUGUUUUUGAACAUGAGUUCAGCUACAACCAGAAAGCCUCAUGCAGUAUGUGUACCAUUCCCAGCACAAGGCCAUGUUAGCCCCAUGAUGCAACUGGCCAAGCUUCUAUACUCAAGAGGCUUCCAUAUCACCUUUGUCAACACUGAGUUCAACCAUAGAAGGUUGGUUAGGUCCAAGGGACCAGACUCAGUUAAGGGCUUGCCCGACUUCCGGUUCCAGACCAUACCGGAUGGUUUGCCACCAUCAGACCACGACGCAACCCAAGAUGUCCCUCCGUUAUGUGACUCAACCCGAAAAAACUGUUUGGCUCCAUUUAAAGAUUUGUUAGCUAAGCUGAAUUCAUCAGCAGAUGUGCCUCCUGUUUCGUGCAUAGUUUCGGAUGGAAUCAUGAGCUUUGGCAUAGAAGCAGCCAAAGAUUUUGGCAUUCCAGAGGUUCAAUUUUGGACCGCCUCUGCAUGUUCCUUCAUGGGAUAUCUGAAUUUUCGUGAAGUCGUCAAAAGACGCAUUAUUCCAUUUAAAGAUGAAAGCUUCCUAGUCGAUGGUACUCUUGAUACACCUAUUGAUUGGAUCACCGGCAUGAGAAACAUUCGGCUGAAGGACCUGCCAAGUUUUGUUAGGAACAAUGACCCCAACGACACCAUGUUUGACUUCCUGGGAGAGGAAGCACAGAACUGCUUAAAUGCUCCUGCAAUUAUUUUAAACACUUUUGAAGCAUUCGAACAAGAAGUAUUGGAGGCGAUCACAGCUAAGUUUCCUAGAAUUUACACUACAGGUCCUCUUUCCUUGCUAGAAAGGUAUGUGACUGAUCCCAAAGUCAAGUCAAUUAAUUCAAGCUUGUGGAAAGAAGACUCAGCAUGUCUUGAAUGGCUAGACCAAAGAGAACCUAGCUCAGUUGUGUAUGUGAACUAUGGAAGUGUAACAAUAAUGUCUGCACAACACUUGAAAGAAUUUGCUUGGGGGCUUGCAAAUAGUAAGCACCCAUUUUUAUGGAUUGUUCGACCUGAUGUUGUAAGGGGCCAUUCAGCGUUGUUGCCUCCAGAAUUCUUUGAGGAGACAAAGGAUAGAGGAUUUGUAGCGAGUUGGUGCACACAAGAACAAGUCCUACUACACCCAUCAGUUGGUGCUUUUUUGACACAUUGUGGAUGGAAUUCUAUGAUGGAAAGUGUUUGUGGAGGUGUGCCUGUGAUCUGCUGGCCUUUCUUUGCUGAUCAACAAACCAAUUGCCGGUAUGCUUGCACUGAGUGGGGGAUAGGAAUGGAGGUAGAUCAGGAUGUAAAGCGUGGCGAAAUUGAAGCUCUUGUUAAGGAAAUGAUGGAAGGGGAUAAAGGGAAGCAAAUGAGAAGCAGGGCUCAGGAUUGGAAGAAGAAAGCUGAAGAUGCUACUGAUAGUGGGGGAUCAUCUUUUAACAACUUUGACAGAUUCAUGAAGGAGGCCCUCCAUUUUGAGAGCAACUAGUAAAAACAGUUGGGGAAUUUGUUUAGGUUUUCUGGGGUUUUUUUACUUGGGAUGUGUUUGAAAAUUAAACCAAAUUCAUGAAUCAACUUAAGUGUGGAAUACAUGAACUAUCUCAUUGGGAGAUGAAACACUUGUGUUAAAGUUAGUGUUUUAUUUAUUGUCUCGUCUUUUGUGUCUUUCUAGAGUCAUGCAAUAGUGCCUAUAAAUACAUGUUCUUGAAUUCUUUUGUAAGUAAGAAGUGAGAAAGAAAAUAUUUUAGAAUUUGAGAGUUUCAUAUAAAAGUUGUUUGUGUUCUCCUUCUUCA